GGAGGUUGGGCAGCCUACAGAGCAUUCGAUAUCUGUAUUUAAUGCGUUGGUAAAUGCAGUCCGACAAUUAAAAAAACGAGUGCAAACGUUGGUUUAGUGUCUCAGAAAACGCCUACUUUGCAUAAAUAGAAUUCCUGUUUGAUUUCGACCGGCUAUCAACUCAAAGAAACGACAAUGCCUGCUCUGAACCAAGCUUUGGAUACCAGCUCAAACGACUACCAGAUCUUGCUGAAGACCAUCUACUCGCAGGCCUACGGUGAGACGGAAGCUGUGCAGAGAGCCAUCGCCUGGCUGAUCAAGAACCGCGUGGACCAAUGGGGCGGCACGAUCGCCGGGGUAUGUCGCGCUGCGGGCCAGUUUGAUUGCUGGGAAGGUCAGGAUGACAUCGACAUGGAGGACGCGGAAGUGCGCGAGGGAAUCGAGCGUUGGCUGCCGACCGUCUAUGAAAGCCCGGAUCCCACGCAGGGAGCGACAUUCUACAAUAAUCUGGACAAGGAAGACUGGCCGUCCGUGGAAAUCGAUGGCAAAUUAUUUCAUAGAAAGGAGUAAGCAGCGGUAUUAUCGGCUGCUGUUGUUGCAACCGCUUGCUUUAAUGUGCUAACUUGUUAGUUUAUUGCGCUGCUGAAUAAUUCUUCUUUCUUUGAGCGUCCACCGUUUGACGAAUAAUAAAACAGACCUGUGCACAUG